AUUCCUCGGUCCGCCGUGGAGUAGUGGUAAGCCCAUCCAACCCGUCUGCGCUUCAAGCUCGUGGCUGCUGUGAUCGACCUCAUGCUAGCCGUCGUCACCUCGCCCCGCUCUCCUCUAACCCUGCUUUAUCUUCCGUCUUGUUUGGCCGUUCCAUCCCCUGCUCCACGUCCAGAGGUGUCGCGGAGUCCCGGCGACCGAGGCCGUCGGGUACGCGGUGAUGGCAUAUGCGCGCACACUGGCUAGGGCGGAGGCCCUGAUCGCCGCCGGAGUGUGCCUUGUGGACACGGCGGCCUCCGUCGCCGCUACCUCCGACAUGGUCUUCAUGGUGGUCGACGAUCUCCGAAAGAUCAUGGUCGGCAACCCCGACGACGUUCGUGUCGUCGUCGGCUGUGCCAUGGCAGACCGCCAACAAGAAGGUGCCCGGAGGGAGGUGCAUGCAGAAUUGCAGACUAUGGUGGCGGUCACGAACGUGACAAUGGUGUGUGGGCACGUGAGUUCCAUCGGGUUGUUGCUGAGACCAUCGGCAUCGACGAUCCUCGGAAGGCUUGCAGCACAUGAACACAACCUGAUGAGCUGCGGGCCUCCGAUUUCUGCCGGUAGAAGCAGAAGGGGUGCAGGGACAUGGCGGUGCGGAUGAGAGGUUGUGGCGUCAUCUUCGCCGCGGACGCUUCAAAGACCUGCAGCACGGCCGUCGGGUGUUGUCGUCUCCGCCUCACGCUCCCGUAACAGAACAGCGUCAGCGCCAUGGCCCUCGACUCCGGGAACCUAUGGCCCCUUCAUCCUGGCCGCGACCGCCCCCUAUGGCCCUCUGCAUCGAUGACGGGUGGACCCCGAGUGCGGACGAAGGGAACUGUGACACUGUAGGCCUCGCCACUGCAGGGCUCUUGGUCGUUUCCAUGCAACCGAAGUCGCGACCGUGAGUCGCGUCAUGUAGCCCCCGCCUGUACGCAACCAUCUCGGGUGCAAGAAAGCACGCCGCCCAGCCGUGCCCGCGAUCAGUCGCCAUGGCUGACGCCGCAGGCUGCGUCGCCUCAGACGCUCAGUAAUCAGUGUCUGUGCGUUGCCUUGGCGGUGUUGUACUGCAGGUUGCUUAGUAUCCGUGCCUUUCUCCCUGCAUCUGCCCAGAUCGAUGCAGCACAUGCUAUCCUGGUGGUGACCACCACGGCCAGAAGCAGCAUCCAAGAGGCCAGACAUGCUUGCUCUUGGCAGCCGUUCGCUCACUUGCUGCACGGCAGCACCGAUACACAGCAUAGGCCACUGUCGUUGGCGUACUGGCUCCCGGGCAGCGUGUUGAUCUACCCGUGCUAGGGUAUUUCUUCUAUGUAUUCGUUGUUAGAGACAUUGGGCAGCACGACGAAGGAGAGGCCGGAGAGCAUUUUCGGUACAAGAUCCACCGUGACGAAUUCGUUUUGCUAAAAUUUGGUUCAGUUACACGCCUAAUUAAUCGCUAUAGCCUGACUCUGUAUGUGUCGAUCAUGAGCAACUUGAUAAAGCUAUAAUGUCGUCUUUGGUUAACAACUGCACUUCUAAAUUCUAAGGUCAAUGUAGUAAAUCUAGACGUGAAUUGCAAUCAAGAUUAGUCAUUAGAUGUUCUCUCUUUCUUUGACCUUGAUUAAGAUUGUGUUAUCAGGAAAAGGUAAUUAUGUAUCUCCCUUGAUGCAUAAUUUUGCAAAUUAGAUUGCAUAGCUGUGUUGCUGGACAUGCUUCUCAACAAUACCUGCAUAGGUCACCACGUUACAGCCAAGAGCAGUGGCCAAGAUGCCGCACCGAAAUAGAGCUUCCCUUCGACGGUUUUUGAACAAGCUCUCAAAUUGAAGGUGCGUAGUGUUGCUCCCAUCCUUUUUUGUAACUAAAACUGCGAAUAAUUGCAUGCUUGAUAUAAACUAUAGUUGACGUAGUGAGUGGCUCUCUGAAAUGAUUCCAUAUUAUGGCAAGUUACCAAUGUCAAGAGACAAGAGCCAGAACAUUGGAUUAUUUUAUCUACUUGGAUUUUAACAUUUCUGAUUUAUUUCCUUAAGAGGUGUGUAGUGUUAACCGUUCCGUUUGUAUCCAUGCAUUUGUGUGGUCAUAAUAAAUUUAGUUAUUUCCCACCUUCAACCUCUUAAUGUAUUGAUGUGAUUAUUCAUCAAUCUAUUGCUUAAAUAGACACGAUUAAUCAACAAGCGGGGCGUGUCGCCGCGCGGGUUUAGCUAGUCUACACCUAGGAGCCAAAACGUCGCUCUUGGGAAGAAAUCCCUUUCACUCAAAAAAACAAGACAUUGAAUAGACCGGAACCUUGUGCAACCGAUUUUUAGGGGAAACAUGCUCAGUGGUUUUUUUAGAACACACUACAUACGUAGGCACUCAUAUAUACGUGCGUACACUCACCCCUAUGAACACAUACAUUAUAUCCUUAUGAGCAUCUCCGAGGGACUGAGCCGGGAUAUUAUUUUGAGAUUGAUGAAGUCAUCACAGGGGCCUUGUAGUCGACGGGAGCGUCUCUCCCACUAAACACGCAUCGCCGAAAAUCUUAAAAUAAAUUCAGGAUAAAUGCGAGCACAUGACUUUCUGAUAGACUAUGAAUACCACUAUCCUUGACAGGCUGUUUUUUUUUUGAGACAAUGCUCAGAGCUGUUUGUCUAGUGACGAGAAGAUCAGCCUGGCCCAUUAACAUGACAGGCUGCCUUGACUGUCGCAACUGGCCUGGCCCGAUCCGGCUAAGGCCGAAGAAUGACGACUUGGAGGCGAAGAAAGAAGAAAUCGGACGGCUGCGGCUAGGCGGUGGUCGAAUCGUGGCCGCUCCAAAAUCGAAGGGUUUUAACCAAGUGAGGCUUGUUCGGUUUUGUUUCCUGCGGCUGCGGCGACAGGUCAGACAGAGCGGAAUUCCCUUCCUCCCGCUAGCUCGGGGCGGAUCCAUCCACCCGGCGGACCAUCUCUCAUCUCUCUGGGGCGCCAUGUCGGAGCACGCCGCCCCGGAGCUACCCAAGAGGUGCCACCACUGCGCAGGGCCCCUCUCCAAGGACAUGGAAACUAGCAGCUGGACCGUGACUCCAUUAGUUCGAGAUAGCUUCUCAAUGAUUGGUUCCGCUGUUGGGGGUACUGCAGGCGCAUUUUAUGCGUUUAAUCAUGCUAUGCCUGUUGUUCGGCGUUACAUAAAAGGGCCGAUGUGGAUGCAUUUUCUUGUUGGUGCCCCUCCAGUUGUUGUAUUCUCUUCUGCGUGUGCUGGAUUAGCAGUUUUCAUUCCUUGGCUCCACUUGACAGUUUUUGUCACUAGUGAUGUUUCACUUGGCCUGCCUAUGAGCAAGUAUAAUAACAGGCUUGUAGCCUGGUUACAUGGCAUGUUUGCUUAUGUGGAGGAGUGUGACAUGAAAAAGCAAGAGGAAUGGGAUCUCAUGCAAGAGCCUGCCUAUACACGUGCUCCUAGGCAACGGCAAUUAAUAUGAAGAAAGAGAAAGAGAGAAGCUGGUACAAUUCCAGCCCUUGCACAACUGGUUUCGUCGUCCUGUCAUGCCGCCAUGUCAUCGCCCUCCUUCGCCCGCCCUGCUUCUCCCGAUGACAUGCACAAGAGCAGAGGCUCCUCGCCAUUGUAAUUUACUAGCGCAGCCGACCAGCUACUGAAUUGUACUGCUCUAAGAAAUCUGUGCCACCUUAUGAAGGAUGUAAAUGUUAAGAUUUCAUGCGGAAGGAUGUUUUAACUGACAUGUGCUCCUUUCACUUAGUUUUUGUUGGUAUCUAUUUCUAUGUAUAGGUUAUGCCCUCUUAUCUUGUGUUAAUAUUUUGUAUUAAAAUAAGUAUUGCAGUGUUGUGAACCA